CUCCUCGUCUCUGGAAAUAUUCUCAAACUUUUGCUCGUCUUCCAGAUAUUGUUCUGAGGAGUAACCAUGAGAAUAGCCAUCUUGUUUGGUUUGGUGGCCUUUGCAUCGGCCGAGGUAUUGCCAUCCACCUCCUAUGGAGCCCCGAACGGAGGAUUCUCAAACGGUUUUGGAGCUCUGAACGGAGCCUCAAACAACGGUUUUGGGGCCCCAAGCAAUGGUUACUCUGCACCAAGCAACACCUAUGGACUGCCAAAUGGCGCUUACGGAGUAGACCCUGAGAUUGUCGCGUUGAGCGAGAACAUUCCAGGGGGCGGCGUCCCCGGCGAGGACUACCCCAUCUUGGCUUCCGUGCCCGACACCGGCUUCUCGUGCGAUGCCCAGGCGGUGCAAGGUUAUUACGCCGACACUGCGCCUGAAGCCGGCUGCCAAGUGUUCCAUAUCUGCCAGGACCGUGCCCUCAGGCGCCAACAGGACUCGUUCCUGUGCCCCAACGGUACCAUCUUCAACCAGCAGUACCUGGUAUGUGACUGGUGGUUCAACGUGGACUGUUCUCAAGCUGAGAGCUUCUACUCCGUCAACGAACUCAUCGGAGUCGUUCCCGACGCCGGUUAUGGCUACGCUGCCGCCACUAACGGCAUCCUCAACGGAAACGGAUAUGGAUCCAAUGGCAACGGAGCCAACGGAAACGGAAGGAACGGAGCUAAUGGAUACGCUUCCAAUGGCAACGGAGCCACCAAUGGAAACGGAUAUCGCUCAAACGGCAACGGCGUCGGUGCUAAUGGCAACGGCAACGGAAUCUCCAAUGGCAAUGGUAGGAAUGGCUAUGCUUCUAAUGGCAACGGAGCGAACGGUGUCAAUGGAAUGGUAAUGGCAACGGCAUCGGAAGAAGCUCACUCAAUGGCAAUGGUGUAAAUGGUAAUGGCAACGGUAAUGGUGUUAAUGGC